AUCCCAACCCUAAAGGUCCCAAUCUUUCCUUUAUGUGGACACCUCCUGACAAUGAUGUUGGACCGAUUAGCUUCGUUGGUACGAUUGUGCAAAGCGGUCAAGCUGGUUUCCAAAUCAUCAAGGUUCCAACAAACUUUACCGUUGCGGGUAGUAAAGUUACUGGUCCAUCCACAUCUGGUGGAA